AUGUAUUGUAAUAGUGACCCGUUUACACCCGCAGCGAAUAUGUGUAUUAAUGGACAAGUUUGGAGUUUUGAAAAUUUAACAACAAGUGGUUACAAAAUAGAUGAUAUUCAAAAGUGGCCAGUUCCAGUUGAGAUUGUUGAAGAUUAUACUAUGUACGAAAAUGGGACAUUACAAGACACAGGGAGUUCUACUACCAAAAAUAAUUUGAGUUUGAUUGAACAAACGAAUCAAAAGUUAUAA